UUGUGACGUCGCGUGAAAAACGUAUUAGCUCGCUAGCUGAUUUUGGUACAUGUCGCCGCGGCUAUAGGAGGUGAAUGGUUAAAUGUUUAUCUGAAACUGCGUGAAGCUGUUAAAGCGGUACAGGUAAUUUUAAAUAAUAAACUUACUGAUGUUAUCCUUUUCCAACAUGCCAAGAAAUUACGUUAAAUAACUUGCGCUUUUGAUCGUGAAUGCUUGCUAGCUUCUCAUCUGGUUACACACGAAGGGAAAGCUUUCAACAUAGUGUAAUAAAUCAGAUAUAGGAUAUUUACUUGUCGAUGUAUUUACUUGACGCUGUGAUACGAUGUUGAAUUAAAAACCUUAAUUUUACUACACUAACUAGUUUGCCAGAUUUUGCCCGGUUGUCAUGGAGACGGUUGCAUUUCAUCGUUUACGGUCUUCACCGUACCCUAAAUAUGUCCCUCUUAACUGUCAUGUGUUUUGGUUAUCAUCCAGAGAUGUCCAUGUCCCAUCUGUACGGGCGGAGAGGGGAGGAGGAGGAAGAGGAAGGAGUGGAGAUUGAGAGUUUUGAGGUGACAGAGUGGGAUCUGGCCAAUGAGUUCAAUCCAGACCGCCGCAGACACAGACAGACCAAGGACCAGGCUACCUAUGGUAUCUGGGCGGACAGGGACUCGGAUGAAGAUGAGAGGCCCAGCUUUGGUGGAAAGAAGUAAAGCAUUUGUUCUGUUUUUGGUGCUCCUAAAAUUCCCUUGUAUCAUCCAACAUGGUUGCAGCUCAUAUAUGGUCUCGAUGUAAUUCAUGAAAACAAAGUCUUAAUCUCUGCUUCAUCUCAUCACAAUGUUUUCUAGGAUCAAAAUUUACAAAGGGGAACAGACCCCAUCUUUGUCAUUUUAAUGAUAACCUGAAACAGAAACUGCUGUUGUUAUAUGAUUGUUUAUAAAACAAUUAUUAUUGUUUUUUUUUUUUAGAUCUAAAGACUACAGUGCUCCUGUGAACUUUGUGAGUGCUGGUCUGCGCAAGACUGCUGCUGAGGAGAAAGAGCAACAGCAAAAAGACUCCGAUGAUUCUGAUGAUGACGCUCCUUCAGCACCUCCCCCUCCUCGAAGCACAGCACCCAAAAAACUCCAGAUGGUGAAAUUUGUCUACCUGAUCUUUAAGUUUCUUAAAUCUGUGUCAGUGUAUCAUUUGAAUGUGUUUUUCAACUUUUAUAUAUUUAUUUUCUAGAGUAAUUUCAGGGGGAAUCAGUCCCAGAGGUUUGCAGCUGGCAUACAGUCUGGUAAAGGCAUUGGUAGCUGGGAGAAACACACAAAAGGAAUUGGACAGAAAUUGUUGCAAAAAAUGGGUUACCAACCAGGCAAAGGCCUGGGCAAGAAUGCUCAAGGUGGGUUUGAGAGAUGAAGCUGCAUUUCUGACAUUAGUAAUAACAUGUGGAAUACUCAAACUAUGUAAACUUACAACAUAAUUUGGAAUAAUGCUCUGAUUUUGCACCCUCUAAUGCUGCAGGUAUUAUCAACCCCAUCGAGGCAAAAGUUCGUAAAGGUAAGGGAGCAGUGGGAGCUUAUGGCAACGAGCGCACCAAGCAGAGUCUCCAGGAUUUCCCUGUUGUCGACUCAGAGGAAGAGGAGGAAAAGGUAGGGUGCAGCCAUGUAAUUUGUAAUUUUUUUUCUGUUUGUUUAAUCAUUACAUUGAUUGUUUAUACAUUAUUCUACUCUUCUGUUUGUUCAGGAGUUUCAGAAGGAGCUGGGUCAGUGGCGUAAGGAUCCUGCAGGCCCUGGAGGAAAGAAGAAACCAAAGUACUCCUACAGAACUGUGGAUGAGUUGAAGGCUAAAGGCAAGCUGGCGGGACGCAGCUCGGCAGCAUCAGCUGGGGAGUUGGCACAGGUUAAGGUAUGCCUGAGAAAACGUGUGCUUCUUUUCUUUGUCCGUGUCUCAUGGGAAUGUCAUCAGGGUACUCUGUCUUUAAUCAUUACACUUUUUAUAUUCAGCUACAGUGUUGUAAUAAUUAAAUGAAAUCCUCUGUGGGGGAUCCAUGAUGACAUAAAAGUAUGACUGGCUGUUUUUUAUCUCAUCCAAAACAUAUUUUAAACAGAUUAACUUUAAUCCUCAGGUGAUAGAUAUGACAGGAAGAGAGCAAAAAGUAUACUACAGUUACAGCCAGAUGUCCAACAAGCAUAGUGUCCCAGAUGAAGGUCCACCAAGUAUGUCCACUCAGGAUCAAAAGGGAACUGGCUUUGCUCUUCCUGAACUGGAACAUAACCUGCAGCUUCUGAUCGACCUCACAGAGCAGGACAUAUUACAGGUAUGAAGGAACCAAAAAUAUGUUGCUUGACAAGAUGAAGAAAGUUUUUUAUGAGCUGCUCUGCUACUUUGUCCUCGAUCACCUACUAACCUGCUUCUUCUUCUUCUUUUGCUGUUGCAUCACCUGCUCCUGAAGUCUGCCAGACGUCUGCAGCAUGAGAAAGAUGUCGUUGUGUCACUGAGCCAUGAGUCUCGAGCACUGCAGAGCAGACUUGAUGUAGAACAAGAUGCGAUCCAAAGAAUGGAGGCUGUUCUCGCUAUGGUGGAGCGUUUUCCUUCUGGAGAGAUGGCGCCAGGAGAGGGACCCACACUGCAGGUGUACACACUGUUAAAACAAUGAGCCAAUUAUCUGUUUGGCUGUUUGUUGUCUUUGCUUUGUUAUCACAUCCAUAUACAGUGGGUAAUUGUUUCAGUGUUCUUUUCUUUUUCCAGGAGUGUGCACGCAUCUUCGAGACCUUACAAACAGACUAUUACGAAGAAUAUAAAAUGAUGGGAUUGGCAGACCUUGCUGUGGCGGUUGUUCAGCCUUUACUCAAAGAGAAGCUCCGCUCCUGGGAUCCUCUGAAGGUAUGCUAUAGCGAUUACUUUCUUUUGAUUUUAACAUUUUCUUAUAUUAUUAAAAAUUUAGCGUUCAUAUCUCAGACAUUUCCAUUAUAAUUUCAGGACAGCACUUAUUGUCUGGAGGAUAUCGGUCAGUGGAGAGCAAUACUGGAAUCUAGAGACCUUCAUUCCAGUGCCCCAGAUUCAAACAUGGACCCAUACCACAGGUCAGUAUAAACAUGCAAACAUGCUCAGUCAUAUGCUCUGCCGGUUUGGUGAAUAGGCGUAUUUUUAAUGUUUCUGGUCUGUGUUUCUUGGUCCAGAUUGUUGUGGGAAGUUUGGAUCCCAGUGAUGCGGUCCUGUGUGUCUAGCUGGCAGCCUCGUAUUGUAGGACCGAUGGUGGACUGUGUAGAAAUGUGGGCUCCUCUUCUACCUUUGUGGAUCCUGGAUCACGUGUUGGAGCAGCUGGUUUUACCUCGGCUACAGCGAGAGGCAAGAUAUAAAUACACUGUCUGCAAUCAAGGAUGUGAUUGAAUUUACACAAAUCCUCCUGGUUUUGGUCAUAUUUCAUGUAUGUAAUUUCUCUUAUGCCUUUUUGUUUACAUUUUUUCAGGUGGAUAACUGGAACCCUUUAACUGACACAGUGCCCAUCCACUCUUGGAUCCAUCCUUGGUUGCCUCUGCUUCAAUCACGUCUAGAGCCACUUUAUCCACCAAUCAGAAGCAAGCUGUCCAACGCCCUGCAGAGGUGGCAUCCUAGUGACGCCUCAGCACGCCUCAUCCUGCAGCCAUGGAAAGAUGUUUUUACACCCGGGGCAUGGGAGGCUUUCAUGGUGAAAAACAUCAUUCCUAAAUUGGGUAUGUCUUCACUAGUGUGCCUGGCAAUUGCUAAAAGUCCAUUACCCUGUAGCGGUAUCUCUUUGUUCGCCCCUUUUUUCAUGUGGUUGCUCUUCUCUCCCUCCUCAGCUCUAUGUCUGGAAGAACUGGUUAUCAACCCUCACCAGCAGCAGAUGGAGCCAUUUAACUGGGUGAUGGACUGGGAGGGCAUGCUGUCCCCCUCCAGCCUUGUAUCCCUUCUGGAUAAGAACUUCUUCUCAAAGUGGCUGCAGGUCAGAAAUCAGACUUACACACAUACACACAAAAAAAGCUACAAACGUUACACAACUGUUGAUAUGUUCAGUAUUUCAUUUUCAUGUCAUGUCUUUGUGUGACUUUUUGUUAUUUGUUAAUUUUAGGUGCUGUGUUCAUGGUUGAGCAACAGUCCUAACUAUGAAGAACUCACUAAAUGGUUCUUGGGCUGGAAAAGUAUGUUUAGUGAUGUCUUGUUGGCACAGCCGCUCAUCAAAGAGAAAUUCAACGAGGCCUUGGACAUCAUGAACCGAGCAGUGUCUUCAGGCAUGGGUUGGUAUCAUUCACAUUCUCAGAGAAUAAACUCAAAAACAAUCCAACAGUGAUCCUUUUUAAAGUUAUGUUUAUUUAGCAUCUGGUGCUUUUACUCAAAAAAUCUUAAUACUCAUUCUUCUGUACCCACAGGUGGAUAUAUGCAGCCAGGUGCGAGGGAGAAUAUCGCAUAUCUCACGCAGACAGAGAGACGAAAGGACUUCCAGUAUGAAGCCAUGCAGGAGCGCAGAGAUGCAGAGAGCGUCGCCCACAGAGGCAUCAGCGCUGGUGUGCCGACAAACUUUAAAGAUCUCAUCCAGACCAAGGCAGAGGAGAACAACAUCGUCUUUAUGCCUUUGGUGGCCAAACGCCACGAGGGCAAACCGCUGUAUACGUUUGGUCGCAUUGUCAUCUACAUUGACAGAGGGGUUGUGUUUGUACAAGGGGAGAAGACUUGGGUGCCCACAUCUUUACAGAGUCUGAUAGACAUGGCUAAGUGAGAGGGUAGCUUCCUUUGAAAGUCGAGUGUGAAAGUGAAUAAAAAAGGAAGCGAUUGCUUUUUAAGUCACUGAAGUUGGUUGAUCCUUGUCAUGUGUCUUUGUACAUUUAAUAAGUCUCUUCAUUGAACUGUGAAUAAAACUAUUUUGAAUGUA